AGGAACUGUUCUUUGCUUCUCGUACCACGGUUGUUCCGCUUUCUCACUCUUUUUCUUUUUGUGACUUUGAAGAACCAAAACCAACCACCAUGAGCGACGGUAGUGAAGCAACCGGCGGCGGCCUCAAACCCAUCGUCCAGAGCUUAGCUAAGCCUUUGGGAGCCUUCUUGACCUGGUUCAUCCCAACGGUUAUUACUCAAGGGCGCAAGGCACUCGAACUUUAUCGCAAGCUCCCUCAAAACUUUAUCGAGUUUAUGAUUGGGGUGAUUUUCUGCUUUUUUGGUGGUGUCUACCCAACCUUGUUUGCAGCAGUUCAAGCCGCUGAAAAUGGUGGCCGAAAGACUGUGAUGGCUGCCAUCCAUGAUUUGGCGAAUGAAGUUACCAUUAUCAUUGACGAAUCCAAAAAGGAUGAUGCCAAGGACGAGGACAAGGAUGGGAAAGCGGAUGUCACGGAAAUUUCCGGAUCGGAAUACCUCCAACGCAAGACACUUCUUGUUCUACGAAAAAUGAAUCCGGACAAGAUUGACAAAGCCAUGUAUUCCAUCUACCGUGUUUGGUUGGCAGUGGCAGCAGUAUUGACACUCAAGUUUGCCAAAACCAUAAAUUUUGCGCUCUCCAUUGCCGAGUUUUUGAACCGUCCUUGUGACCGUGUCGUUACCCCGGUCUUACAAGCCGCUAUUCCCGAUGAAUAUGACAAGUGGGUUCCCGUUGUUCUUCGCUGGAUUACCAAAAGCAUCGCAAUGAGCAUCGCAUGGUACAUUCAGUCCAUUCAGAGUGCAUUUACAUCGGCACUUAUUGGAGGUGUCAUGAUCGGCCGGUCCUUUGUUCAAUUUUGCAACUAUCGAGGCAUUGACUUGGGUGGUCUCAUUCCAGAAAAGCAUGAAGAUACCAUGGUGGAUGAAGUCUUGUCCUACAUUUUUGCGGCAUUGGGAUUCUAUUUCCAGUUCUCCAUUGGUUUCAAGGUUCCAUCGCCCUGGAAUAUGUUGCUAUGGCCCUUUAACUCUGCGGAGUAUUACAUUCGUUGGUCCAUUACGAAGAAAACGGGAAUUGAGAUUUAGAAACAAUGUCCAACUUGUCAGCAAUCCGCAGCAGCAAUCACAGUGGUCUACUGGGGCAGCCAGAUACACUGCACAUAACAGACGGACAGGUCUAAGCAACAAGCAAGCAUAUUAUAGUUUCCGUGGAACCGGUCUUCAAUUAGAUUUCGACAAGUUGGACUUGGCUGCAGGUUGGGCGGAUGACAGACUAGCAUAUUUUUAGAUGAUAGACUAUGGUCAACUGGGUUGGCGAGAGAAGCCUUCAC